UGGCAGGCGCCGGAGAACCGGCAAGGGAGGAGUGUCCAGCUCCGGGCCGAGCCGCGGCCUCUGCCCCUGAGCCUAGGGGAGCUCGCUCCUCAUCGGCCUUGGUUUUUAUUCGAGUCCGCCCCUCUGGGUCAAGUGGGGCCUCCGGGAAAAGGACCCGUUUGUUUUCGGCCCCACCCCCUCCCAAAAUGGCAGCCUCCAGUCGAGCACAAGUGUUAGAUCUGUACCGGGUGAUGCUGCGAGAGAGCCGCAAGUUCACCUCCUACAAUUACAGAACUUAUGCCAUUAGAAGGAUAAGAGAAGCCUUCAGAGAAAAUAAGAACGUAAAGGAUUCUGCACAAAUACAAAUGCUAGUGAAUAAAGCCAAAAGAAACCUAGACAUAAUUCGACGACAGACCCUCAUUAAUGAAAUGUAUUCCACUGAUAAGCUUGUUAUUGAGAAUCUGAAGAUGCCCAGGACCUAAUCAAGUUGUGUGCCUCUAGCAGCAGCCAUGGACCAUCAGCAGCAGUCUGUGCCUCAGGACAUCUCCCAGCAUGCUUUCUUUUGCCUCUUACAUCACCUUUAAAAAGGCCUUGUUCUCUGCCAAUAGAAGCUGAAAAACUGAAAAAUGUUUCCAGUCUUUUGCUGCCUUAGCGGUAGAUGACAAUUCCUAAAGUUCAUGUGCUAGUCAGUAUAACUGGAGCUCAAUGAAAACAGUCUGUCUGUUAUAUAUUUUUCACUUUCAUGUUGUAGUUCAUCAUUUCGUAUGGAGAAUAUUUCAAAACUGUGUUUCUUGGUUCUUUUAACAAUAAAAAAAAGUAUGUAAGAUGUGGCCUCGUUUUUCUUACAGCGCUUUCUACCCCAGAUGAAUUUAUCACAGUCUCACUUAGAAAUUUAAUUAUGCCUACACCCAGUUACAUUCUACUUUUUGACUACUGGUCUCUAAAAAUCUCUUAAGACCUUAAAGUUUCAUACUAACAGAAUUCCUCCAUGUCAUAGGCCUGGCUUGGGGAUACUGCCAACUUAAUGGGAAGGUCAAGUCCAAGAACAGAUGAGAUGAGGGACCUGGCAUAGUGAAAACACACCAAAGGUACUAUCACCAUUAAUGAAAUCCCCCAGUAGAAGAGAAGGAGCUCCCAAUGUAGAGUCCAGAGACCUGGGUUAAAGUCCUAGAUCUGACCCUUACUGUCGGUGUCCCAUGGGGCCAUCAUUGUCAACCUUAAAGUGCUAUAAGAAUGCAAGUGAUUACUAUUAUUUCUGGGUCCCCUACCACAAAUGCUGAGGUGCUGGAAGGAUUUGCAGGAUAUACUUCUUUAGAAAACAUUGUCAUUGAAAUACAGCAGAAAGAAGGCUAGAAGAGGCGGUAAAAAAUGGGAAUCUGAUUAGACAGUAUAAAAUAUCUGAGAGUGUACCUGCCAAAACAGACACAGGAACUAUACGAAUAUAAACAUUAAACACCUUUUAUACAAUAAAGUUAGAUCUAAAGAAUUGAAAUAAUAUUUAUUGUUCAUGGGAAGGUAAAGCCAAUGUAAUUUUUAAAAAUGACAAUUUUAUAUAGCUAAUCUAUUUAAGUAAUGCCAUACCAAUUA